AUGUGUGCUGUUUUCCCAUUUCACAAGCAUCCUACCGCCGUUCGCGCGAACUUGGAUUCAGGGUUUCCACAUCGCGUCAUUUGUGAAUUGGAAACCGACAUUGGUUGUAUGCCUCCGUCAUUAAUUGACCAUAGCAUCAGUGAAGACGAGGUAUUAAUUUCGUUAUACCAACGUGCAUUCCUGUGGGUGUUGUUCGUACCACUAUCCCGUUGGGCGAUUUCACGUCAGGUGAGUCAAGCCACUUGGGCUAAAUUCUCGUUUACAAGUGGUAGUCCAGACGUGUCUUUAGCGAUCAAGUGUGGGGUCAAUCUUGUAUGCCAGCACAAUAUGGAGGAGCUUGCUCGUACAAUUGUACAACUCUGGACCUCGUAUGAUGACUAUUCCCAUGUCAUCCGUAACUCUUGCAAGGAGCCAACAGUCUAUAGAAGAUUGCACAUUUAUGAUGAUGAAGCCCGUGGAACUGGCAGCUCUUAUGAGGAGGAUCCACACCCUCAACGCCAGUCCUUUCCUCCGGCUAUGGAGGAGACUAGUGCCGGAACUCAGCAGCAUUCUUAUGAGGUCCCACCCUCUCCCAACAAUUCCUUAAGUACGGGCCCUCUGGACUUUCAUCCGUGGUUCUAUUAUGAUUUUUGCUUCCCUCCAAGUAAAGUAACCCAAGAGUGGUUCAGUCAUCGGAGUCAUGGGCACUCAGUGACAAUUGACAUACCACCAAAUUUGUACAAUGAUAACAAUUGGAUGGGACUCGCUCUAUAUGCUUCUUUUUCAAUAAACGGGGAUCGAGAAACCGUGCUUGAGAAUGUGAAUUCAAAAAUUCGGCAAUUCCUAUAUGUUCAAUUGGUAGCAAAUGUAGCUGGUGUGGAUGAUAUAUUUAUUAAAGGUUGUCAGACCAGUACAUUAGAAAUCGUGUGGUUAAAUAAUAUAGGUGAAUUCAUUUGGAUAUCCUAUGUACCAGGGGAGUUCAUUUGUAAGUGA